AAAGAAUAGGGCUAUUUUAAAACUGCCUGGUAUGUUUGCACAUUAGCAGCUCAGUUUGAUGCAUGAGGCUGCAAAUCUAAGAAUGAUGUGCUGGAUGGAGUACAGGGUUACAUGUGUUGGAUGUGUGCAGGGGGAGUGACCAGUUCUGUGCAUAUUGGAUCAUAUACUUGGUCAGUCCCUGCAGAGAACACCAACACACUUCAGCAGUCAGGAUGAUAUACAGAUGCUCCAGGGAGACUCUGACAAUUGCCUUCCUUCUGCUUUCCACAGCAUUUCCUCUGAUAUGUGGCCAGACUGUGAGAGGAAUAGAGGGCCAGUCUGUCACCUUGCCUUGUAGCUACAGAGUCAAAAAAACUGGUGACAUCACCUCCAUGUGCUGGGGUCGUGGAAGUUGCCCCAAAUCCCAGUGUAAUGACGUUCUCAUCUGGACUGAUGGACACAGAGUCACACAGAGGUCAUCUGACCGCUACCGACUCAACGCCAACAUUGCAGGGGGUCAGGUCUCACUAACUAUAAGCCAAGCAAGCAUAAGCGACACUGGGACGUACUGCUGCCGUAUAGAACAUGCUGGGUGGUUCAACGAUGAGAAGAAAGACAUACAACUCAACAUGGAAAAAGCUCCAAAAACGACUCCACCGGCAACAGCCAGGAUGACAACGCCCAUAGCAACAACUCCGCCCCCUACAACAAGAAAACCAACUGUACCACCUACAACGAGAAAGCCAACUGUAGCACCGGUGGCCACUGUGAGAACCACAGCUCCGCUACCAAAACCUGAUAUUAUUCCCACACCGACACCUACUCCUCCCAGAAGCAUCACAACAACACCUACAGCCUUCAAGACAGCUGCUGUGUAG